AUGGAUCUACCCCGACAAUUAUUCAUGAUUCGCUUCGAAAGGGAGGAUGAGUACUUGGCGGCGUUGACAGGGGGUCAAUGGAGGGCUUUUGGGAGUUAUCUCAUGGUGAGAGCUUGGUCGCCGGAGUUUGAUCCCUUAAAAGAUGAUAUUGUUAUGACACCGGUUUGGAUCAGAUUGUCUAAUAUCCCAGUGAAUUUCUAUCAUCGUUUGAUUCUCAUGGGGAUUGCUAAAGGGUUGGGCACGCCAAUUCGAGUGGAUCUAACUACUCUGAAUGUUGAAAGAGCAAGGUUUACUAGAAUUUGUGUGGAAGUGAACCUCACAAAACCUUUGAAAGGGACUGUUCUAAUCAAUGGGGAGAGAUAUUUUGUAGCCUAUGAAGGUCUGUCUAAUAUUUGCUCAAAGUGUGGAAUUUAUGGUCAUUUGGUUCAUGGAUGUCCUAGGACUAUUGCGGAAAGAGUGGCUAACCUAGAUAUACAGGCAGCGUCACAACCAAGUACUAGACCAGUCACAAGACAAGAUCAGGCAGUGCAAGAAGAUGGAUUUAUUCCGGCAAGGGUUCAAAGAAGAGGAACACAGAUGAUGCCUCGACCGGUGGAGAACUUGAUCGGUGAAAACAGUGGGAAGGCAAACAGGAAAUCCCAAGAGACCCCACGAUUCAAGGAAGCCGGGAAUAUUUCGUUGGCUAACAAAUAUGGAAGUUUAGGAAUGGAUACGGCUCUGAGUGUAUCGCGGGAAGAUAUGGCGUCUGGUGAGGAAAAUAAGGAGAAUCAGAAUUCGAAUAUUGACAAACCCAAGAAUAAGGAAAUCUUGCAAGGGAAGUAA